AUGGAGAUCGCAGCGUACAAACUUCUUUGUCUGGUUGAAUCUUAUGCGACUCACCCUGGCCACGCAGUUGGAAAGUUUGUCAACUUGUCUGGUGAGAAGGAGAGUUUUGGUAUUGCAUUUGAUGCUGUUCAGCUUUUUGGCCAUCUGAUCUGUACCUCCGAAGAUGGAAUGGAGCUUCUUUGCACUGUGUUGCGUAAAUUUGUUGAGAUUCAUGAAGUGACAGUUGGUACCGCGUGCCGCGUUAAUUUUAUUACAUAUGUGGUCUUGCAUGCUUAUCAUACUCUGGCGAAGGAGGCAGUGAUGUCUCAGAGAAUCGGCGGUGGGCUUUCAAAUCUUGGCUGGGGAACAUGCUCGCCCUUUCCUUCGCACGAGACAAACAGCGAGGAUUGCGACGCGAGAUGUUGUUGGCGUAUUAUGAACAACUUUCUUCAGGAGUUGCGUGCCAAGGGGCAUUCCCUGGAUCCGACGGACGUAUUGGAAGAAGUGGCUUCCUCCAUUGUUUCGGCGGGCGAGGGAAUGUGCGAUACGGAUGGUAAGAAGGCUAAAUCUCUUUCCCCUCGAGUUUUACACGAGUAUCUUCAAAGGACAUUUGCAUACGACCCACUCUCGUGGGGCUACAGGGCGGGAAAGCUUGCAGUAGAUUGCUUUCUCCAUAUUCGCUCACGCUUGAUAGAAUUUGUGGUUGAAAUGGAGACUGACAAAACACAGAGCGGAUUGUCCUCUCUUCACACAUUUGUAGAGAAAAGUUUGUAUAGGGUUUCAAAUGAGGGAAUUGACUGGUUACCGAUUGGUGGAAAUGAGGGCUGUGUCGUUCCUGGUAUUGCUUUUAUAAGAACAGUGCGCAUGAAAAGAAGCUCUGAUGCUUUGCUGGGGACAUGCGUGUGUGCCCCUACAAAUGCCUUUGGGACACUUGUGGAGAAUGAGGGUUUUCGUACCCAUCUAUUGUUAAUGUUUUCUCAAUUUCCUGAUGCAGCCACGGAGGAAAGCGAUUUCGGCUUUCGCCAACUUGCUCUUAUGGUGAAGAAUGUAGAAAAGGGGCUAUUGGUGAUUGCUGUUCAGAGUCACGUUGGUGAAGAGACAUUGCGCCGCAUGGAAUCAUGGGGGAAUCAUACCCGGACCGUUCUGGUUCUGGUAGCUCUUGGUAAAAAGAUAAUGACGCAACUGGCACUGGCUUUCCGAGUCUUGCCUAGACCUCUAGGAUUGGACCAACAAAGUUUUCUUCAGGGCAGCUUGUUUGUCAAACCUCUUUUUGGUUCUCAUUCACUCAGGCAUUGUAGUGGAGUGGAGCUUCGAUCCUUUUUGUUAGCUCUGAAUCCGCUAAAUAUGGAGGGAGUUCAGCACCCGAUUGUGAGCGUUGUCUUUGGUGGUCGUUGUGCAGCCGAUCAGGUUCUUGUGGAACGCCUUUUUAGUCGUCAAUUGCAUCACUUGGUAAACAUGCUCUGUUUGCCAGCCCCUCUAAAUGUCGUUAUGCCCGCUGGCGGGGUGGUGGAGGCCUAUGCCAUACAGCACUUUGAUAAAAAACUUCGUGAGAAAUCCAUGGAGAGCGAUAUCUCCUUGAGAUGCUUUGAGAUCCGUUUAAUAGAGGCGCUAAGGAGCGCGAUUAUUGCGUACAUGGAGUCAGUCCUUCAGAAGUCUGGAGGUCUCACAGUGGAAGCGACUUUGGAGCAUCUAGCUCUUUCACAAGAACGCUUUGCUGCGAUGGAUCGAGAUGCGGAGAACAGGGAAUCAAACUGUAAUGGCUUUGGUGCUUUUGCAAUGAGGUCAGCAUUGCCAAAUCCAUUGUACAGCCGCUUCGUUCCUACCCCGCCUUUAACUGAGGUCUCUGGUGCAACGUCGGCUGAGAAGUAUCGAGCAAAGUCUACGCUCUUGUUGGCGGAUCUAAGAGAGUGGGAGGCACAGGUGGAGUUGGUCAGUACCUACCUCACCAUUGGAAUGUGUUUGGAUCAUCUUUGUUUUACAAGCAUUAUGGGGAGGCGUUCCGCGGUGCGUGAUUCCAAAGAAGAUACACAGAUGGAUGAACUAUUUUUCUUCCCGGAUAUUGUAUAG